CUGGUGCAUGGACUUGCGCUUGGGCUGGUGGUCGGACUGAUUGCGUUCAUCUGGAAGGGGAGCGAGUAUCUUGCGCUGGUGGUGGGGAUUGCGAUGACCGCGAAUCUUGUGGUGGCGGGGAUAAGCGGGGUGGUGGUGCCGCUUGGCUUCAGGGCGCUGAGGAUAGACCCGGCGCUGUCCUCGGCGGUGGCUGUUACCACGCUGACGGAUGUGUUGGGAUUCCUGGUGUACCUUGGGCUUGCGACGGCGGCGAUCGGGUUGAUUGUGGGGAGCUUGUGA